ACUAAGUGAGAUGACGUGGCAACUUCGGACUCUCUGAUUGGACGAUUUUUUGUGCCUACAUGGACACUCUAAGAGGAGCUUAUAUCCCCUUUUAGUAUAGUAUAGAUUUUAUCUAGAAUUUUAUGUUUUUGUUUAUUUAAUUAUUUAUGUAACUUAGGGAUAAUUAUUUGAAAAUAAGUGUAUAUCUUUAAAUUUAUGAAAUAUGGCUUAUUUUGUUAAGUUUGAUUUCUUUUUGGAUUUAAAUUCUAUAAAUUAACGAAAAACGAAACCUUAAAACCAAUUUCUCCAAGUCACAAAGUCAAACUUUAGUCAAGGAACCUAACAACUAUAACAGCAUAGGUUAUAUCAGUAUCGGCAAAGUAAGAUUGAUUUACGAAGAAGAUGAAUAGUACUGAAGAACAAGAAAGAAACGAGAAGGAAAUAGAAGACCUAGCGAUUAUUUUGUUUUGGAUAGAGCGUCCGUUUCUCGUCAUACUUCUCCUCUACUCCAGUUUCGUCUCAGUUCUGAUCGGCCUUCUGCUUCUCGUUACUACUCUUCUCGCCAUAAUAUUCUUCUUAUUAUGCCCUCGACUCUCUUUUGCUGGACCCUCUGGUAUCGGUGGACUCUGGCUGUUUCUAUCAGACCGGUUCAUGUUUCUAUUGGCUCUAAGCUCUCAUGAGACCAUACUCGUUUGGCUUCUCACCGUUUUUAUCUCCCUCGUGAACCACUCUGCUUACAUCAUCGAGUACAUUGUUAGAUCUUAUAAAUCUCAUCAUACCAUAUCACUUCCUCUUCAGUCCCCCGAAGUAAGAAGGAAUGAUGAGGAAGGAGAUGAGAUCAAGGAACUUGAGAAGAUGGGGAAGUUAUUAGAAGAGUUAAGAGAAGAUGGAAAGAAGAUGGAUAUAGAAAUAGAGCUUAUCCAGAAAACUAUCCACUCAGAUCUUGAGAAACACAGAAAAACUUUGUCUUUGAACCUCUUAGAGUUACGUGAAGAGUUGGGAGAUGAUGGAGAAAAGAUGGGGGCAUAUAUGGAGCUGAUUAAGAACUUCGUUAACUCAGAGCUUGUAACUCCGAGAGGCGACUUGAACCUCAAUAUUAAUAAUGAUAUCCGGGAAGAUGUAUCAGAUGAGGAGGAUAUCAAAGAUUGGAGAGUAAAACUGAAAUCUGUAGCUGAAGAAGUUCAUGAGACCUACUUUGUUAUCCAAGAAACUGCAAAGGCGGCAAAAACAACAGCUGACAGGGCCAAUCUAACCUACAUGAUUGUGGACGAAAUUUCGAAAGAAAUGGAAACUAUGAGUGGGAUGAUAAAAGAAGAAGCCCUUGAGAUGUUUAUAGAGUUAAGAGAAGAAGUUUGGGAAACGUGGUUGGACUUCGAAGCUAGAAAAACAGAAGCGGAGGUUGCUGCGGACAGAGCUGCGGAGGAGCUUUCAUAUGCAAUGGUGGAGUUGAUGGACGCAGUCAACAUCCGUCCGUGGGAGGGUUACCGAACUGGCUAACAGUUUGCAUGCCUCUCUAAUUAUAUUUCAAUCUCUUUAUUUUUGUUGUCAGAUGAAUUUCAUUUUUAAUUCUUUUUUUUUGUAAAAAAAAAUUCAUUUUAAAUUUUUAUUAUUUUAUUUUAUUUUAUUUGAAGAAGUCUUUUUUAAUUGAUAAACUGUGAACUCAGUUUUGAGUCCAUCCGGGGCCACUAGUAACUUACUCUGUUCUUCAUAGAGAUAACAUAUAAAUGAUUUAUGUUAUGAAAUCCUACAAUCUUCGUAGUGGAUUGUGAGGAGGCGUGGGUGGUGAUGAGUUUUCCCAGUACCAAGUCGGCAUUUUGGUCUCUUUGGGAGACUAAUAUCCUUCUUCUUUUGCAGGAUUUGAUGUGUUUGUAACUAGGUUUCGUCUCCUUUGCAUUCCGAUUUGUCUGAGGCUUGCCCCGUCUGUUCUAAGCCGAGUUGUCCCUUGGCUUUGGCGGUUCCUGUUCUCGAUUAGGCGGUUUUAGUGGUUCCAGUAGUGCUCAUAAGGUUUGCUAUAUUUUCCCUCUUAAUCAUUAGUGGAAAGGGCUUCAUCGACGACUUAUAUUGCAAACUUGAAGAUAUUAUCAAAAUCCAGCUACUCGGAGUAGCCUACUCCGGUGAUGUUACGAGAAGAUGGGCAUCUGAGACAACGACCGUACGUAAAUUCCACAUUCAACGACUGAGAACGGUGAUUGAUUUCUAAGGAUUUUGGAACUUCCUAGAGGAUAGCGUCGGUGUUGUGGGCGAGCGAAGCUAGUCUAACUAUGUUUGAACUUCAAAAUUUUGGUUGAUUUAAGUUUGUAAGUGACGUUGCGACUCUCAUUUUUUGGGUUGAUAAGUAAAGUGAGAAAAAAAGAGUGUAGGGCGCGUUGAAAGAUUAUAUGGUAAGUUGUGCUAUAGCUUUUUAAACAUGAGUUAUUGGCAUACAAAUAGUUUUUUUUUGUUUGAUCGACUCGUGAGAUUAGAAACUUGUUUGAUUCUAAAGACAAUGAAAAAGAUGGCCAGUAGUAUGUUAUCAUGGUUUGGUUUUCCAUUGGGUGUCGAGGAAGGCGACCCUUAAAAAAACAAUGUAAGAUGAAUAUAUGAGAUAUCAAUGUGAACUUGCUAUGUUAACAACGCUUAGAGAGGAAGACAAGAAUCUGUCAAUUGUUGUGUUUUCGUAAACUCUGAUGCAAAAUUAACAAAUAUAGAAUCGACUUAGAAAGAUUGAUGAAGAAUUAUUCUUAGAUGUCAAAGAUUGAAAACAGCAGUCGAUAUUCUAGGAUUAUGAAUCCAAUCUAGCGGAAUGCGCCAGAAAUAUGGAUCAAAGCAAAGCUAAUUAGAAAACAUUUGAAUAAGGAUUUUGUACGAGUCCAGUUUGUAAUCGAAUGGUUUGAUUUAUUAAUGUGUGUAUAUAUAUACAUAUUUAAAGAAUUAUUCUUUUGACCAAAAAAAAGAAUUAUUCUUGGACAAUAGCUUAUGGGUUGUAUGUGAUGUAUAUAAAUAAAAAAACUGAUUGAAUAUUAAGUUCUUUUCAGUAAUUGAUGUGUCAUUUUCGUAAAACUUAAAAAAAACGCUCAAGGCGACACUCUUUUGAAAAAUAGUUAGUUAGUGGUAUAAUAGUGUUGAUUAUCUGGUUAAAGAGAGACUUAAUUUUCAGUGCAAAGUGAAGCUGAAGAGACGAUCUUAACAAGCAAAGAGGACAUGAAAGGAUUUAGUGAAGAAGAUUUGAAGAUCUAAGAGCAUGAGCAUCAGUGAACCCCCUUUGGGGUUCACCUUCUUAAUUUUUUAUUAUUAAAGUUUUUCUUUUUUUCAUUUUGAUUUUUUUUUUUUAAAAAAAAAAAAAAAAAAAAAUUGACCAAUCGCGGGCCGCCACGUAUCGUGGGGCCCGCGCUACAGUGAUGAACUUUAGGAGAGAGGGUAUCAUGCAGAAGAGGUGAGAAGGGGUGAGUUCAUCACUUUUGCUUUUUUUAAUAUUUUUUUUUUCUCGUAAAACGUGUGAACCUCCCUCUUGAACCUCUAAUGCUCUUGCUCUAAGCUCUUUCAGGAAAAGAUCCCAUAGAGAGAGUCCAAAGCUCUAGAGAGAAUUUCUAGAGAGACUGCAAUUGUAUCUUUGAUAGAAUCAUUUUUCUGCGAUUAAAUAUGGAAAUGAUAUUUUAUAGUAACUUUUGAGAAGAUAAUUUGGUAAGGAGAAGAACAAGAUAUAAUUCAAAGACGUGAAAAAUAGGUUUAACAUCUUUGACGGGUCAGGGUCGGAUUAAUGAACUCCGAUUAUGAUUAUGGGUAAUUUCAGUUUUAAAACGUGAUUACACUGAUUUUAUUAGUUUUGUGGAAUAAGGUUGUCAAAAAAAAAAGAAGGUUGGAUUAUUUAAUUUAGGUGGAGAAUUGGUGAAAAGUAUAAGUUUGUGGGGAUUUUCGAUGAGAGUAAAAAUUUGUUAGCGGGGAGGGAGUUUGAGCGUGGGUAGCGCAGUCCAGGGGGAAUAUCAUGACAGUACUAGUGAGUAAAAAUUAUGCUAUGUGAGCUCCGGAAUAACCGAAUAAGUUAACGGGCUUUACCCAGUAAAUGUACUAUAUUUAAGCAAAACUAGGGUAUCUUUGUAUCUGGGAACAUCAUGAUCUACGUACACUAAAUUACAAUGGGUGUUCUUAUAGCCCAAACCAUAGACCUUAAAUUCGACUUUUUACUAGUAUCAUUCGAAAUGAAAAUAACAAUUCAUGGUAAUGAAGCGACAUUACAUUAGACUAUUUAGAGUCUAGACUGACUAUUUACUCAGAAUCAUCAUUUUGCAACUAGUCAAUAUUGUCAAGCGAAUGGUAUUAUUAACUCUUUUAGUGGAUACUCCGAAUCUCCUUCGUGUUUAUCUGUGGAUUUUUGGUGUAUACACAUAUUACCUAUCAAAAGACAAAAAGUCUUUAAUUUUUUGUUUCUGUCGACAUCGACUUUUAAACGUUGGAGAUUUUGUUAGAUCUAGUGGCGAGCUUUCGUUUAUUUUCUACCAAAAAAACACAAAGUAAGGUAUGAGAGUAAGUGCAUAACUGAAAUUUAUCCGGGUUUAACAUCCUAUAUAUGAAUCACAUACCUUACUAUACUUAUAAAAUAUGUAAAUAUGAGAACUCCAGCACAUGUGACAUCGAAUGGCUACUAUAACAAGACGAGUACGAAACAGAGUUAGAGUAGUACUAUACAUGACGGGAAAGAAAUUACUAGAAGAAUUUAAGAGCACCCCCAUUAGUGAACUUACGGGGGGGGGGGGGUUCACACAGAUUUCAAAAAAAAAAAAAAUAUUAUAAUAAUGAAUAGUAAUGAACCUGUCUCUCCCAAGCUCUUCCCAGUGAACCUGGUUCAUCACUGUAGCGCGGGUCCCACAACACGUGGCGGCCCGCGAUUGGUCCGAUUAAUUAAUUUUUUUUUUUUUAAAACAAAAAUCAAACAGUAAAAAAAAAUAAUAAAAAAAUACUUUGUGAACUCCUUUCAUGGGGUUCACUGAUGCACAUGCUCUAACACUCAAGUUAACCGUCUCCUCUCUCUUUAUCCUCUCUACGAAAACCCAAAACUGAAGUGAGCUUGAGCUCCGGCGUCCGGUGAGCGCGUGAGCGCGACGGCCGGCGCCGGAGGCACCCCUUUUUCUCUGUUUCCGUUCAUGUGUUGCUGCUCUGUGUUCUCCAGCUUCUUUUCCGACAUAUCGAGGGAUCUGGGUUAGGGUUUCUAACCGGCGAACGUUCUCUGCGCAAGGACUGUCUCACCGGCGACGGCUCCGCUUCCUCUGGCUUUCCGGUGAGGUUAUUGAAGAGGGAGACUCGAAGCAGUCGGCUUUUGAGUUGGGAGAAGAUCGAUUUUCAAAUCUCAGAUUAACUCCGGUCAUUCAUGUUGUUUGUUGAGAAGGUUCGGAAUGGUUCUUCAGUUCCGUUGUGUGGUGGAUAUCUGCUGCUUGACGGGCCGAGAAUCAUUUUUCCUUAGGGUUUCAGUUCUUCAGUUCAUGUCGGUGUCGAUGCGGACCUGUUCUUUUACCCGUGGGUUAGAUGAGCUUUGGUGGCCUUGUCUAGGCCUCAAAGGCGAUUCGUGAGCUAACGCGUGCAGGAGUGAUGGCGCUUGGUUCUGUUCAGAAUUGUGUGCGAGUGGCUUGAUGUUAUACCCGAUCUCCGCGGGUUCCGGUGGUCGUCCAUGGUUGUCGGAGGCUUCAAGUCACUCUACUUCAUCUCGACACUUCACAGCACAGCUACCUAUCAGUUCAAUCAAGCUAAAGGCGGCGGCUUUCAGUUUGGUUUCGAGUCUCUUGACUUCUAAUUGGUUAGCUCCUUUCCGUUUGACACGGGUUUGGGGUUUUAACAUGCUCAGUCAUCGAUGUCCGGUUCUCGGAUGUCUCAAUCGUGGGAGUGAUUCUCGGGGGUCAUAAUCACUUCCGUGUCAAACGUUUGGUCUUCUACACAUCCCGGUGCUGUCUAGCUUCGCUUGAAGUUUUGUGGUAGUGUGGUGACUUUCUGUGCAGGUAUUGGAGGCAACCUGAUAUGGUAGUGGCGGUGAAUCAACUCGUUUCUGCAAGCGGGAUAGCGGUGUGUACAGCUUGGUCUCUUGGAACUCUCUUUGGUAAGAGUUACUUGGAACCUCCACUUCUAUAUACCGUAUAGCGCUUAAUCGGCAGGGAUGGUUGCAAGUACGAGGAGUUCCUCAAAAGCUAGCUACGCCUUUGGCGACCCGGGAAGUCCCGGCAUCCGAGGCGACGAGGAGAACCUCACAUUUUCGGGGUCAUCGCCAAUGGUCGAGAACAGCAAUUGAGUCUUACGGAUUCUUAGAACAGAAUAGUGGAACGUGCCGGGUUGAGUGGGUGGGCGAAACUAGGAUGUAAUAGGUUGAUUUGGGAAUUUUGUUCAAAUCGUGCUUGUAACCGGAACUGAAUCCCUUUUAUUGGGUUGAAUAAAAAUUUACUUAA